AUGCGCUCCACUCCUUUUGGCGCCCUUCUGCCUUUCUUGCUGCCGCUGGCUUCGGCAUGGAACGCGCCGAGCUAUUCCGGCUACCAGCUCGUCUGGUCGGAUAGCUUUGCUGGCGCCAGUGCCACGCUGCCGAACGAGAACAACUGGAACAUCAUUGACGGCAACCUCGGGGUCAACAACGAGCUUCAGACGUACCGGAGGAAUACGCGGCAGGUGCAGACCAGCGGCGGCAACACUCUCCAGCUUGUGCCGUGGCGGGAGGGCAACGGGUGGACGUCGGGCCGGAUCGAAUCCAAGUACACCUUCACCCCACAGCCCGGCCGUCGGACCAUGGCCGAGGCCCAAAUCCGCUUCGGAGGCAACCCCACCAGCACCAAGCAGGGCAUCUGGCCGGCCUUUUGGCUCCUGGGUGACUCGAUCCGCCACGGCACCGGGUGGCCCGCGUGCGGCGAGCUCGACAUCAUGGAGACGGUCAACGGCCAGUUGACGGGUUACGGCACCAUGCAUUGCGACGUGUAUCCCGGUGGCAUUUGCAACGAACCCACAGGACGCGGGGCCUCGGUGAACAUUCCCAGCCAGGACUGGCAGCGCUGGCGCAUUGUUUGGGACCGUACCUCGGGCGACUGGCGCCGCGAGACCAUCACCUGGUUCCUGAACGACAACCAGUACCACCAGAUCCGCGGAGAUCAGAUCAACAACCAGAAUGUGUGGGCUAGCAUGACAGCCAAGCCGCUGUACUUCAUCCUCAAUGUCGCUGUUGGCGGCAACUGGCCCGGCAACCCCAACGGCAACACCCUGGAUGGCUACGGUGCCAUGAUGGAGGUUGGAUAUGUUGCGCAGUACUCAUCGUAA